UGGCAUCACUUGUCAUAACUUCUGUGCUCCAAAAUUCGCAAAUAUUCAUAUAUUGAGGCCCAAUAGUGGCGCUUGUUGAUAUUUUUUGGCGUGAAAUUCAUUUUCCCUUUUUUGUUAAUUAAAAAUAAAUAAAUAAGUUCACUAAAAAAUCCAUAAAUAAUAACUCCCUUAAUAUCGUCAAUUCUUCCAAUUGGAAAUAUUUUUUUUCUGAUCAGAUUGCAUUCAAAAAGCAAGAAUUUUGACAACAACAAAAGAUGGUGAUAAAUGCUAAAAGGAAGUGAAGCACAAUCAACCCUUAAAAACUUACAGCUAUUUACAUUUUCUACAAAAAAAGAGGAAGGAAAAGAAACAACGAAUAACCCUCACAAAAGUACAACAUAAUGUAGAGAACUUUUUCAUUUGCAAAGAAUACACAGGCCAGUCAGUGGCAGCAGAGUCUGGUUAAACAAAGAAAAGUGCAACGAAGUUAACGGAUGGGUCUUCAUUUUUAACAAAUAACAAAAGUUGGUGGAAAAUUAAUUAAAAAAUAUUCCUCAAAAUGUUUAUAAAUAUAUUAUAAAAAGCAAAGAAAAACCACAGCAGAGCUAGCAAAAAUGUGGUGACCCCAUUAAGUUGGAGAAAAUUAUACAAAUUUGCAGCAUAUCCCAGCUUUUUAUUCUCCCACUACUCUUGGGUUCUAAGGUCGACAUAAAUAUUGUACCUUGGAACACCAGCCUGCAUUGAAUUUCAAUUUGGUAGCCUUUUUGAAAUAAUUUUGCAAAAAUCAACGUUUUCAAUACCAUGUCUUUGGCCAGUGCAGCUGGAGCUUUGCUCCGGCCCCAGACACCCUUACAACAAUUGCUGGAAGAUAUUAAUUUUCAAAGGAACAAAGAAAUGAGACAAUUGCUCAAGGAUGACAGCGGUUUUGUUGUUCUACAAGGUACCACCUAUUGGACGGAUUUAUUUGUACGUCAUUUCCUAUUCCAAUCGGAACCGGUGCACAGUAUCGAUUCGGAUGAUCUAUUAUUUUUUGUACGUAAGAAACAUGUAAAGAGCUCUUCCCGACAUAUGCCAAAAUAUGAGACUGAGGUCGAUGUUUUCCGUAAGGAUUCACGUAAAUUACCCAUUGGUGAUCCCGAUGUUGAUUGGGAGGAAACGGUCUACCUAAACAUGAUAAUACAUCAAUUCGAUUACACACUCACACUGGCGAUUUGUACACGAACAUCACCCAAGGAAUUGCAAGUACUGCGAAGACAUUCUCAACGCGUCUAUGCCUCACCGAGCCGUCGAAAAAUGGACACAAAAGGCGAGGGUGAAGAAAUAACUUAUCCUCAUAUAUGUUUUAUGGUGGAUAAUUUCGAUGAGGUUUUCAGCGACAUCUUGGUACGAGAUGGUGAAAUGGUCUGCGUGGAACUGGUGGCCAAUGAUAAAGAUGGUGCAGUUCAGGGUGUAAUAUUUUUGGGUUCCAUACGUUAUGAUGCCUUGAAAAAAGUCUAUGAUUCAAGGCAAUCCAGCCUAAGUUCCAAAGUAGCCCAACGCAUGUCCUUUGGCCUAUUCAGCAGUGGUGCCGGUGUACAAACACGUUGCGAAUUUGUGCGCAUGAAGGGGCCGCAGGGAAAGGGUCAUGCCGAGAUGGCGGUUACAAAGCCCAAAGGUUCGGGUGUGGAGACGCCAACCAGUGAACCAGGUUUCUGUGCCACCGACAUGUGGGACGAAUGGGAAGAAGAAAACGACGAUUACUGCACAUAUCGUCAUCAGCGACGCCUCAGCGAUCCCAGUGCUAAUUUAAAUAAUUUCUCACGUUAUGCAUGGCGCACAAAGACAUCUUCCGAAUCGGCUGCUGGUACAGCUGGUUCCAAGGCUCGUUCAGAGAAUGAAGGCCUCGAUUCGCUGGCCAAUGAGGUGUCCGAAAUUGAGGCAGGCGAUUUAAGAGAUGAUGAACGUCCUGCUUUCUCGGCAUCUGAGGCAAAACUCCAUACAAAUCCGAAUUGUGAAGAAUUUCAAAAACAAAAUAAAGAAUUAGAACAGAAUAGAGAGACAACAACAACGACGACGACAACGGAAACAACUAAGGCUGAUACAGAACCAAACGAAUCAGAACCAUUGUUAAAAUCAAAGGUGUCCUCCGAAGGCCCGGAAGACAAUGUUGGUGGGGGUAGUGGUGUCAUGGCUCUAAGUAUUAUUUCACCGCCCAACAAUGAUCCCAUACAAGAUGCUGUCGAAGCUGUGGAUAUUACCCUACCCUCGCCAGGCUCCAACAAUGGCAAGACCACCGGAUGUGGUGGCAAUUGUUUCAAAUCGGGCAAGAAAUGUAAAAAACGUUGGGGAAAUUCCGAUAAAAAUACACCCCAAAUGUCGCAGGUCUAUUGUCCAACCUGUGAUGAUGCCAAUGAAACUCCAGCCUGUUUGAAUAAAAUGCCCGACAAGAAAUUCAAGGCCAAACCCAAAACCAUAUUGAGUGUGGAAAGUGAAUUGGUGGUCACCAAGAGGGGCAGCUUGAAAUUUACCGAACGCAAGCCAACUGUGACCAAUGUCACGCGUUCGUCAUCGCUAUCGGCUGCAGAUCGCAAAAUUAAAAAACCAGAAAUUACAACAAGCAAUAAAAAAGACAAAAACAAAAGCAAAGACAAGGAGAAGGAAAAAGAAAAGGAAUCACCCAAGGAACGCAACAAAGAAAAGGUCUCCAAAACAAGCAGUCUCCUCUCCAAGGUCUCACCCAAAAAGCUAAGAGCAAAUCGUUCAUCCACAUCAUCAUCCACCAGCUUAUCAUCAAAUGACAAAACAAAGAUCCCCACACCAUCUUCGCAAACGAAGAAAAAGGAACCCGUCUCGAAUGGCAAUAAGGGGGAGCCCAACAAACCCAGUGAUCUCAAAACAGAUGCCGCCACAGAUUCUUGCCAGGAAUAUGAAAUUGCCGAUGAUGCUAUUUCAUUAAAUGGCGGUGAUAUCUCCCAGAUCUCCGAUGGUGGUGGCAAAAUAAUUAUUCUAACCGAAACCGAUUCUUUGAUUACAGUACGUGGCAAAGAAGAAUUGCCCGUGGUUGAAGAACCCUCACCUCUAUCCAACUCGCCCCAGCCAAUAAACACGGCAACGGACAGUGGUGAUGCAAAACCGUAUAAAUUUGAAAAAUGUGUUCGUGUACCUGUAACCACAGACAGCCAUCCAUUACAAGCCACCCAGCAGGUGGACGAGUCCGAUAGCCAGCAAUCGCUGGCGGCGGAUGAACAAAAAGACCAGGAAAUCAAUGUGAAUAUUAUCGAUCAGUCAUUGGAUAAUAAUUCAUCCAACUCAUCGAGUACUCUACACAAUGACAGCCCCUCCAAACGUCCCUCCUCGUUAAAUGAUUGCAAUGGUAAUUUGAAUUCAGCCUCAGCAUCGUGCAACACCUCGCCGUUAUCGCCACCCAUGUUAAAUAGUGCCAAUAUUGUCGAUAUGGGACAAAUGUCGGCCACCUUGCCGCGCACCAAACGUACCGCUGCGAUGCAAGCGUUCUACAAUCGUGCCCUAACACUUGUGCCCAAGCGGCGUACACCAGAUGGCACCAACAUCUAUUACUGGUGUGAUUUGUCCAAAAAGGCUUUACAAGAACUCGACGAUGGUGCUUAUAAUCCCCUGUGGGCCAGUCGUGGCUUUGCACAAUCUUUCCACUUUUGGAAGGAAAAUCGCCGCCAACAAUCCACUCCAUUAAAUGCAUUCCUCACAUAUGUUACACUGCCCUGGUGGAGCAUUGCUAAAGAUCUAUUGGAUCACCGUGAAACGCCUAUAUUAACCUUUUAGUAUUAAAUGAUUUUUUCAGUUCUCAUUAACUUUUUAAUUAAAAAAAUUUAAGAAAAUAUAUUUUCUUUAAAAAAUCUCCGAAUGGAAGGAAAAAUGCCAAAAUCUGCUAUAGUCAUGCUUGGUUGCAGCUUAGGCAAUAUUUUAUUAUGAUUCCAGGAAAUAUUUACCAAGUCUUUUUUAUUUGAAAGUAUCCUUAUUUUUAUAUUAUAAUUACAUAUUUUUAAGUAUUAAAAUGAAAAUUUUUCAUUAACAUAUAUUUGUAUUUUUAAUAUAUAAAUCUCUUUUCAAAUGGUGCGUCUGAGGAAUAUCUAUUUUAAUUGUGUAUUAUUUUAUUUGUUCUCAUUUUUUUGCUUUAUAUUUUAAAUAUAUAAUUAAUGUUUUGGUAUAUUUUAUAAACAUUUUUUUCUUUUUUUUUUCUUUGUUUAAGUUCAAGUUUAUACACAAUUGUUUAUCUAUAUCAAGUAUAUAUUUUUUAUUAUCACAAAGGCUUGUGUAGUGUCUAUUAUUGUAACAUUUAUUAUAUAUAUUUUAUUUUAAAAUUAAUUUUUAAUUAAUUAAUAUAAAGGCUGUAAUCUAGCUCGUGUUCAAAUUUAUAUUUAUAUUGUGGUUUUUAAUAUAUUUUUUUUCGAACGCUGUCUCUGCGGAUUUU